CUUUAGAUGCCCUGGUUUGUCUCUCUUGUCUGUCGAUCUGACUCCAUCUGUCGAACAUGAGACCCCUGUGGCUCUUGUUUUUGGGGUUCCUUUUCAGAGUCGCCACCAGCUUGGACACUCACGGGGGAGAGCAGAUUGUGGUGGUCACGCGCAACAUCACCGCCGUCCUGGGGCAGGAUGUGCACCUGGGCUGCAGAUUUCUGGGCGAGGGUGAGCUCAGUAGCUCCAUGUGGAAGCGGCAGAUUCCAGCGAAGAACAGGUCAAAGCGACUGGCGGGAUUUUUCAACGGGAAGGUUUUCAGCCGCCAGACAGGGGUUUUGAUCAGAGGCUCUCCCACGAACCUCACCGUGGAGAUGAAGGUGACCAGCGUGGACCAGGAGGGGGAGUACACCUGCGAGUUUGCGACUAGCGACGAAGAAUUUUCCGCCACGGCGCUGGUCACCGUCGUCGCGAGACCGACCGUCUUCAUGGGCGCUAAGACCAUCAACGGGACUCACAACCAGUCGGUGUGGUGCUCCGCCGUCGGCGGGAGACCCCCACCUCAGAUCAGCUGGCUCAUCAACAACUCCCAGUCGGUUGACACGAACCAGACUGAACACGCCAACGGCACCGUCACUCUCACCAGCACCGUGCACCUCCUGACGCACCUCCUGGAAGACGACCGCGUCACCUGCCUGGUCAAACACCCGACCCUUCCGGGCUCCGAACAGGUCACUGUGAAGGUGGAAACGUACGUGAAGCCAAACGUGACUGCUAAAGCAGAGAUGGUGGAGCGAGGCGGGAGCGACUUUUGGGUGGUCUCUUGCACCGCAUCCGGCGGGAGACCCGACACCGAUAUCUCUCUGGCCCCGAGCGCCGGCAUCGAGCUGCACAGUGAGAUGGACUCAGACCCACAAACACGCUCCUUCCUGCUCCCUGCAGCAGCGUUUGAAGGCCUCAACGCCACUUGUGUGUUUGACCACCCGAAAUUUACUCACAAGGAGUCACGAGUCAUCACAUUACCAUCGCUCUAUUUAGGGGAAGUUUGUAUCGUCUCGCCAACCGUCAACAACCAAACAAACAAGUCAGUGGAGCUGCAGGAAGGCCAGAGCGUCGCCGCCAUCCGCUUCCUGGUCACUGGAAACGUGCCACGAUACAACUUCUCCUGUACAAAGGACGACGACCCGCUGCCACCAGACGUGGAGCUGUCGGGCAGCGACCUCUCCGUCCGAGGGCCAGUGGCUCUUCGGCACGCUGGCGUGUACCGAUGUGUCGCUUCUUAUCACCGUCACAAAUCAGCGCUGCGGUUUAAGGUGACAGUGAAACCUAAAGUUGUGGCUCCCGUCGUCCGCGUUGAAGUUCUGAGCCGUGAUGGACGGAGUCAGAUGGAGUGCUGGGCAGAGGAGAGUGUUCCAGCCGCCAGCGUCUCCUGGCUGCUGCCGCCGGGCGUGUCUGGAGACUCCUGGUUCAAUUUCACUUCCCAUAAUGGAAGCCACUCCGUCAGAGGAGUCCUGGUGCUGCCGGCCUGCUCGGCUCUGGAUCUGACUGCAGAGUGCGUGAUAAAUCACCCGGCGCUUGAGCAGCCGGAGAACAGGAGUGUAACUCUGCCGCUCUGCGGCCCACCUGACAUCACCGUCCGCUCCGGGGCCCAGUGGAAACAUGGAGAGCAGUACACAGAAGCCGUCUGCUCUGUGGACAGCGUCGCCCCUCCAGCUACAAUAUCCUGGCUUGUUGGGGGCGAGAGCAUCAGUCAUGUGAUGCAGACGGAACCCCGAGCGGAUGGUUCGGUCCGGACCCAGAGCUGGGUGCAUUUCCUGUCCUCUCUGUAUUCUGGGCAGACGGUUGCCUGCGUGGUGGAGCAUCCGACGCUGAAGGCGCCUGAGAGCAGAGCGCUGCACAUUCCAGUGGGGACUGCCCCUCAGCUCAGGGUCUCCCUCCUCCACGAUCAAGACUCCCAACAGUGGGUGGCGCUCUGUAACUGCACUGGGGAGGCUGCUGGGGCGAAUCUCACCUGGAUUCUUCCUGACAACACCAAGGCUCAAACAUCUCUGCUCUCUCAGCACGAGGGGCGUGUCCUUAACGCCCAGCUGAUGUAUCAGUUCUCUCUGGCCAUGCAUGAAGGUCACGACCUCACCUGUGUGUGCCAGUUUGAUUCCCGACUCACUGAGAAGAAGACGGUUCACAUCCCGAGAUACUAUUUGUCCACCUUGAGAGUCCUGAAUCAAACUUCAAUGCUGAAAAGCCGUAACGGACACGUCCUGCCGCGACUCUCGCUUCAGGGGAGUGGCCCCCACCAGAGGGUGGUGCUGCGAGCUGAAGGCAACGUGCCAGAGUACGACCUUCGCUGUCAGAGGAGUGACGGUGUGUUUGUGGACACAGAAGAGUCUGCCAUGGUCUUUAAGAGGAGGCUCACAGAGGAGGACUCUGGACUCUACACCUGCCGUGCGUCCUUCUACCACCACUCCGCCUCUGUCCAGCUUCUAGUGGAGGUCACGGAUGAGAGCGGACCUUCUGCCCCAAGGAUCCUGGUCUGCAUGUCGACGGUGCUGGCCAUCGCCUUGGUCCUGUCUGUGCUUAUCUGGGCGCUUCGGAGACGAGAAAAAGCAUCGCCACAAAAGAAGAAGGAAUCAGUCUCCACACUGACGCCUCUGAUGCAGGACGUGUCAUCCUCAGCAAAAGAAGGGAACAGCGGUGAAAACUUGCAGCUGGUCAACAUUGUCAUCGAUGUCAAGAGCACUGUUUGAAAGUGUUUCUCAAUUUGUUAGGUUUAUUAGGUGCCUCCUGCGUUACAUGAGGCUGUUUGACUUCAACAGUUCUCAUCAAGACACUUAGAACUGAACAUAUGUGAGAAAGAAACAAGUUCAAAUAUGUUUGAUAUUUACACCUAAUGAAAUCAGUUUCCAACAGGGGUGUUUAAUUAAAGCCGUUGUAUUAAAAGUUGGUUGAUCUUUUGUCAAAUAUUUAAUCUAUUCUGGUAAAUAAAUUUAAUCUGCAAUGUUUAUUGUCAAUAAACUGUGUUUUUGUAUUGUUGCGAUGACAAUAUAGUUUUAUCUUUGUAUAUACCGUAUUUUUAAGUU